GAGGGUGCAAGCUGAUGUCCUCUCUGCUGCACAGAGCCAACCUCUACCGUUGUAAAGCUGGUGUUACCCUGGUGUAUCGGUGUAAAGGAUCCGCCGAGAUAAACCCCGAUUCGCCUGCGUCGAGACCCUCCAAGUUGAUUUUUUUCCGCUUCGCACAAAUUUCGCACCCGUAUUACGCAUGGAAUGGUUUUGGGGGGAUUGGAGUAGAAAUGCAGCGCCGCACGUUCAGCCCACAACAAGAACCAUGCCCAACUUACACUGCAAGCAAAUCUAUGACAUCCUGUUCUAUCGUUUACGACUUUGAUAUGAGAGAAAUCUGCUCGGGUCUCGACGAAGAGUGAAGGAAACAAUCCCGCCGCACCGGCUGAAGGACGCUGUUUUCGCUGCAGAAGCUCCAGUAACCCAACCCUGCGCUCAGCAUUUAGGAUUUUCCUCAUUUUGAUGGAGCUGGAGAACAUAGUAGCCAACACUGUACUGCUCAAAGCCAGAGAGGGAGGAGGUGGAAAACGGAAAGGCAGGAGCAAAAAAUGGAAGGAGAUCCUUCGCUUUCCCCACAUAAGCCAGUGUGCUGAACUGGGAAAAACUAUCGAGAGGGAUUAUGCCAGCAUCUGUGACAAGCAGCCUAUUGGACGGCUUCUCUUUCGUCUUUACUGUGAGACCAAACCCAGCUUGCAACAAUGCAUUCAGCUACUAGAUGCAACGGAAGACUAUGAGGUUACACCUGAUGAGAAAAGAAAAAGCAGGGGGGAGCAGAUCAUCAAGACCUUUCUUUCGAAACAAUCACCUCAGCGAGUAGACAUAGCAGACGUUUUUGCAGAGCAAUGCAGAGAGAACCUCAAACUCAGUCCUUGUAAGGAGAUCUUCAGCGACUGCCGCAAGGCGGUCCAUGAGUACCUGAGUGGAGUUCCAUUUUCAGACUAUCAGAACAGCAUGUACUUUGACCGCUUCCUUCAGUGGAGGAUGCUGGAGAGGCAACCAAUCACUAAAGACACAUUCAGACAGUACCGGGUGCUGGGAAAGGGUGGAUUUGGAGAGGUGUGUGCAUGCCAGGUAAGAGCAACGGGGAAGAUGUACGCCUGCAAGAAACUGGAGAAGAAGAGGAUCAAGAAGAGGAAAGGAGAGUCCAUGGCUCUGAAUGAGAAGCAGAUUUUGGAGAAAGUCAACAGUCGGUUUGUUGUGAGUUUGGCGUACGCGUAUGAGACCAAAGAUGCUCUCUGUCUGGUGCUGACCAUCAUGAACGGUGGGGACUUGAAGUUUCACAUCUACAACAUGGGCACGCCGGGCUUUGACAAAGACAGGGUCCAGUUUUACGCGGCUCAGAUCUGUUGCGGGCUCGAGCAUUUGCACAGGGAAUUCAUCGUCUAUAGGGAUUUAAAACCAGAAAACAUCUUAUUAGAUGAUAAUGGAUACAUUCGCAUUUCUGACCUGGGGCUGGCCAUCAAAGUGCCUGAAGGAGAAUUCAUCAGAGGCAGAGUGGGAACAGUAGGCUACAUGGCUCCAGAGGUGAUCAACAAUGAAAAAUAUGCCAUGAGUCCCGACUGGUGGGGGCUUGGCUGCCUCGUUUAUGAGAUGACUGCGGGAAGAUCGCCCUUCCGUGCCCGGAAAGAGCGGGUAAAGCGGGAGGAAGUGGAGAGAAGAGUGCAGGAGGAAGAGGAGGAGUACAACGACAAGUUUACAGAGGAUGCAAAGGCGAUCUGCAGAAUGCUGCUCACCAAAGACCCCAAGCAGAGGCUGGGGUGUAACGCUGAUAGAGCAGCAGGCGUUAAGGUCCACUCGUUCUUCAAAAACAUCAACUUCAAGAGGAUGGAGGCUGGAAUAGUAGAUCCUCCCUUUGUGCCUGAUCCUCGGGCAGUGUACUGUAAGGAUGUUUUGGACAUAGAGCAGUUCUCCACUGUCAAGGGAGUAAAUCUCGACCAAACUGACAAUGACUUCUACUCCAAGUUUGCUACAGGCUGUGUUCCCAUCCCAUGGCAGAAUGAGAUGAUAGAAACGGAGUGUUUCAGAGAUCUGAAUGUGUUUGGGCCUCAAGGGAUGAGACCUCCGGAUCUGGACUGGAAUCAGCCGCCAGAGCCACCUAGACGUAGCCUGCUGGAUAGGAUCUUCAGGAGGCAUCACCCAGAUGUGUCCAUCUCCAACAGCCGUGUGCAGUCUUCCAGUGUAAAUUCUGUGGAUUCCAUGUCCAAUUCUGCCCCCUAGUGGCACAGUGACAGUGUGGGAGCUACUUAACCCGCAAACACACUCACAAGAAGGGAAGGAGCUCGGAAGGGCUUUCCUGUUGAUGAUUGGUCCGCAGCUGAAGCCCUGAGCAGCAGCUGGAGACAGCCUGUCUGAAAGCCUAAAUGGUCAGCCCAUGGGUAGUGAAG